AUGACAACACUUCAACAGUCCAACUCCCAAGGCGUUCAUGCCGACAAGCUUGUUGCUCUCCCAAGCUUGUCAUGCGGUCUCUCUUCAUUACCUCAAGCCAAAAGCAUGGACAGCGUGUCACUACAUCCAAACAUGUAUGCGCAGCGGGCAGCUGAAAGCGAAGCCAAGGUACUUUCUUCGCUUCUCGCCACCCGCCACUCGACAUUGAACGCGUUUAAUGACUUGUAG